GUGAAAGGGUCUUAAAGGGGAGAAAGAGAAAGUAUUCUGCACAGCGUUCUGGCUGCUGAAGACCGUCGUACUACUGCAAGUUUUGCUGAGCAUCUGAUAGUCUUCAACACAAAGAUAACAGUGCUGUUUUUCAACGGCAGUUUAUCUGCAGUAUGUCAGAGGAGCGAGGAAAGGACUCUCCGUCUGAGAUGAGCGUCUCAGUGAAACAGAGUGUAAGAUCAGGCUCACUUGUGUCCAGGUCUGUGUCUGUGAAGAGUGACCGAAUAAAAGGAGACAGACCGAACUUUAGAGGGGAAAAAACAUCAACUACAAAAAGUGUAAGAUCAGGUUCACAUGUGCUCAGCUCUGUGUCUGUGAAGAGUGACCAUUCAAAGGGUAAUGUACCGAACUUCAGUGAGAAAACACCAUGUAACAAGAGUGUAAGAUCAGGCUCACAUGUAUUCAGCUUUGUGUCUAUGAAGAGUGACCAUUCAAAGGGAGAUAGACCAAACUUCAGUGAGAAAACACCAUCACCUUCCAAAAGUAACAAAGGACAUAAGUCCACAGUAAAUAUUGGUGAAGAAAUUACACGAUGGGAAGCUCUGAAAGCACAGAAGGGAUUGAAGAGUGAUGUGGAACUGGCAACUUUUCUUCUCAACAGGGUUCAGUUUGAUAAAUCAGACUCAAACUACAAGAAUUACCGCAACCGCAAGAAUUUCAGUGAAAAUCUCCUCUGCAUCUUCAAGGAUCUUGAGAACAAAAUAAUUGUGUUUAUAAAAAAGGAGCUGGAAAAGUUUAAGAAAAUAUUAAAAGGAGAGAGAACACAGUACUUUGUGCAGGACUUCACAGAGGAGAUGCAUGAUAUCAAAGAAGCAGCUCUUGAUAUCACACUCUUCUUUCUGAAUGAUAUGAAGCAAUAUGAGGCUGCAGAUGCUCUACAACAUGAGCUGGUCCUCAUUCAACAGCAACCACUAAAAUCAAACCUGAAGAAGAAAUAUCAAUCUGUAUCUGAAGGAAUUGCAAAGCAUGGUGACUCCAAGCUUCUGAAGAACAUCUACACAGAUCUCUGUAUGACUCUGAGUGUUAGUAAACAAGUCAAUAUCCAAAAUGAAGUAGGUCAAGUUCAGGCUGCUGAUAGACGACAUGAAUCACGAGAGAUUCCAGUUGAAUGCAAAAAUUUGUUUGAAGCACCUGAACCAGACAAGAAGAUCAGAACUGUACUAACAAAAGGAGUUGCUGGCAUUGGAAAAUCCAUCUCUGUGCAAAAGUUCAUUCUGGAUUGGGCUGACAGUAAAGAAAAUCAGGAUAUUACUUUCAUAUUUCCUCUUCCGUUAAGAGAGAUGAAUUUAAAGGAGAAAGAAACACAAAGCUUGACAAGUCUUUUACAUCAGUUUUUUCCAGAGAUAAAAGGAGUAAACCUUGCAAUAAAUGAUAAAUUUAAAUUACUGUUCAUUCUUGAUGGUUUGGAUGAAUGUCGUCUUCCUCUGAACUUUGAGGGUAAUGAGAUUUGUCGUGAUGUAACAUCACAAGUCUCUCUCGAUGUUCUUCUAACUAACCUCAUCAAGGGAAAUCUGCUUCCUUCUGCUCUCAUCUGGAUCACCACCAGACCAGCAGCUGCCAGUAAGAUUCCUCCUGACUGUAUCGACCGUGUGACAGUAGUAAAAGGAUUCAAUGAUGCACAAAAGAAGGAGUACUUCAGAAAAAGAUUCACAGAUGGGGAUCUGGCCAGUGAAAUUAUUGAUAAUGUUAGACAAUCAAAGAGUCUCUUUAUCAUGUGCCACAUCCCAGUCUUCUGUUGGAUUACAGCCACUGUUCUCCAGAACAUUUUAGAGGAGAAAAGAAAUAAUGAUGUGAGAAAUCAGGCUGAUGAAGUCUUCAAAACACUGCAGAAAUCAAAUACUGAAGACACUCCCAAGACUCUGACACAAAUGUACACACACUUUCUCCGCUUUCAGAUCCUGCAGAGCAGACGAAAGUAUGAUGGACAAUACACACCAGAUGUUUCCUGGGAUAAAGACGCCAUCCUUUCACUGGGGAAACUGGCAUUUCAACAGCUGCAGAGAAACAAUCUGCUCUUUUAUGACACAGAUCUGGAAUCCUGUGGUAUUGAUGCGUCUAAUGUAUCAGUGUAUUCAGGCAUGUGUACCCAGAUCUUUAAAGAGGAAAGAGGAAUCAUUCUUGGUACUACUUUCUGCUUUGUUCACUUGAGCAUUCAAGAGUUUAUUGCAGCCCUUUAUGCACAUCUGUUUCUAGACAUCUGCAAGAAAAGUGUGUUUAAUCAACAUGAAUCUACAGAACAAGAAAACAAAAAUGAAACCAUGAUUGAUUUGCUCAAGACUGCAGUGGACAAGGCACUUGAGAGUGAAACUGGACACCUGGAUCUUUUCCUUCGCUUUCUUCUUGGUCUGUCACUCCAGACCAAUCGUCCUCUCUUACGAGGUCUGUUGACACAGCAAGACAACAAUGACGAGAACUACAAGGAAAUAGUUCAGUACAUCAAGGAGAAAUUAGAAGAUAAGAAGAUGUCUCCAGAGAGAUCCAUCAAUCUGUUCUACUGUCUGAAUGAACUGAAUGAUCAAACUCUGGUGAAAGAGAUUCAGACUCAGCUUAGAGAAGGAAGUUUCUCAUCUGCUGAUCUGUCUCCUGCUCAGUGGUCUGUUGUGGCCUUCGUUUUGUUGACAUCAGAGGAAGAGAUGGAGGAGUUUGACCUUCAGAAAUUCAAGAAAUCAGACGAGUGUCUCUUUAGGCUACUGGAAGUUGUGAAAAUCUCCAAAAGAGCUCUGCUAAAUGAUUGUAAUUUAACAGAUGAGAGCUGUUCUAAUUUGGCUAAAGCUCUCGGAUCAGAUAACAAUCUGAUAGAGCUGAAUAUGAGCAAUAAUAAUCUACUGGAUUCAGGAGUGAAGCAGCUCUGCAUUGGACUGGAGAAUAUUACCUGUAAAUUGGAGACACUGGAGCUCAGUAACUGUGAUCUAACAGAGGAAAGCUGUUCAGCUCUUGCUUCAGUUCUCAGUUCAGACUCCAGCAGUCUGAGGUAUCUUGAUCUGAGCAAUAAUGAUCUGAAGGAUUCAGGUAUAAAGCUGCUCUCUGAUGGACUGAAAGAGAACUGUAAAUUGAAGAAACUCAGGUGA